CCAAACGUUCGGGAGUAACAUAGCGGUCGUGGUACUCGAGAUUCUUGAUCUACAGCUGACUGAAACGCAAAGCCAUCGAUGUCUUUUAUACAGUCAACAUGGGCAGGAUGCAUUUAGGAACUUCAGUUACAAUUGACAGCACUAGGAUUAUACAGUUGACAUCCCAGCUGAUCAUCAAACAGUCGUCACGUAUUUCCAUUGGCUUCAGCAAUAUUUGCUCUACGUGGCGUACUCUAUAUCGAUAAUCUCCUCUUAUUUUGAUUCUGAUGUGCCUUUGGUUACCCUGUACUGCUGCAAUACUUAAGCCACGAUACGUAUCCGCUGACGGUGAUAAAACAAAUCGGUAGUUUCGGAGUCGGAAACGACACCGCAGCCAUAUCAACAACAAUCAUUAUUAUUGCCUGGAUCUUGCAUAGUGCACUGCAUAUGUUUGGUAUUGACGUCACAGCUAAGAUCAGUCACAGUGUACAAACGUAGAGUAGGCAUUGUUUUUCUGUGAUUCUUCAUGACGAAUCAUGUUGUGUGUAGCCUAUUGUUUACUAUCGUUUUUGGUUUUUGCGUGUUCGGCUAGCCACACUUUGCUAGAUCAGCCUGGGAUUACAAAUCGGAAGGAAUGGGACAAUAGUGCCAUUUUAAUCCCUCCAGUUCUACCAUCUUUCAAAUUAACAUCAACUAAAGUGUUAUCUUCAACUUUAGUUCCAUCUUGGUUUAGAACGUCAACUGUACUUUCAACUGGUCGACCGUCAUCCAUUCCAACAACACAGAGUCAUCGUCAGCCACGUCUGGAACAUUCGGACCAGCCAAUGAAUCCAAUCAUUUUUAUUACCCUGGGUCUGGCUGCGCUCAUUAUUAUCGUGAUCCUGGGACUCUUUCUAAAGAAUAAAUGCUUAAAGAAGCGAAGAACGAAACGAGCUCCGGCAAAGAAUGAGGUUGACCAGGUUGACUGUAACAACUUGGUCCAGUCAUCAAGUUCGGUAGCAAUUGAAUCGGAAGGUGAUCACAGUUACCAGAACAAUGUGGCGUCAUCAUCAGCUCCCAAUCCUGAGACGAUUAUCAGUCCCGUGUACGCUACAGUUGAGUUCCUUCCACGGUGUUCCAUUGCUGAAGACUAUGCCAACACUUUUCGGAUAGCUGGGUUCCUGGAAGGAGAUCCCAUUGUUUAUGCCGAGAUUGAAACACAAAAGGGCGAUUAAACUUGCAAUUUCAAAAUCAAAAUGUGGGAAAUAUAGUAUAAUCUAAUAAACGCGUAGUCUUGUUA